UUCCUCACUACUAUUCACACGAUUAAGCUUUUAAAAAAAAAAAGAAAAGAAAGUAAAAAAGAUUGUUACCCGACCCAAUUUAGCAUAUUAAUUCUUCUCAACCACAUCAACUACUAGCCAUCAGUAAUUGAUACUUUAUAAUACGGAUCUUUAGCCAUGAACCACUCAUCACAAAAAGGACGGAUUAGCUCGAUUGCACGGACACUCAUCUCCACAGCUUUGUUGGCAGUGAGUGCACAGGCUGCUUGCGUGUCCCUGACAGGAUCCAAGGCCUGUCCUGAAUAUGCUUCGUUCAGCGUCGAUACCAACGUGCCUCGAAAUAUCGCUGUCUAUGAUGAAGGUGUCAACAUGACCGCGUUCACAGAUGUGGCCAGUUUUGAUGCUGCGAUCUUGAGCGCCACAGGCUUUAUGACCACAUCUUCCUGUACCGGAUACUCUGCAACUGAAAAGAUCCGAUACCAGACAUCGCUUCUCUGCACCUUGGCUGUCCUCGAUAGGGAAUCACAAGAAUGCAAGUCUAACCCUCCGACCUUGUGUGCUUCCUCAUGCACACUCUAUGCUAAUUCCCUCACAGAGAUGGUGAACAGGGUCUGCCCUACUGUACAGGAUGCAAAGGAAAAGGCCGCUGCUAUGACCGCUCUCUGUGUCGGCGGUCCUGAGACCUGGGGUGGUCUUCAUGAUACAGACGGAACCUGUGUGAAUGCCACGACGAAUGAGGCAGCUACCUGUGGAUUCGGUACUCAGGCAGCCAUGUGCUCUUUCUGCACAGCAAACUCAGCAGAUCCUUGCUGCUCGACUGCAGCUGCGUCGAGCUGUGCUAUCACCACAACAACCACAACAUUGCUGCCCACCUCGGCUAGACCAACCACCAAUGCUUCACCCUCCACCACACAGGAAUCCAAGCCUAGUAGCUCUACUGGACUUUCCACUCCAGUUCUUGCAGGCAUCAUUGGUGGCGGUGUAGCAGCCUUAUUGGUUCUGUUUGCAUUGAUCGUCUGCUGUAUUCGUCGAAAGAAAUCAGCCGGCCCUACUCCUGCUCGUUCUAAUGGAGAUAAAUUGUCUCGUCAUGCCUCUAAUGCAAGCACUAGCAAAUACAAUAUCUCUGCACCCAAGAUUCAGGAAGAAGGAUUCUCGACCGCUUUGGCUCCAUCAGCUCCUAUUCCUAUGACAGCUUUGCCUUCAGUUUCAGUUUCGGACACGGAUAAUGCUGCUGCUGCUGCUGCUGCUGCUGCCGCUGCUGCCGCGGCCAACCGUAUCUCGAAAUUAAGCACCAUGAGCGGUACUGGUGGAAAACAAUCGUACUGCCAAGCAAUCUUCCCAUACCAGGCCUCCAUGGCGGAUGAACUGGAUUUGACUGUUGGAGAUAUCAUUAAUGUCCACAGAGUCUUUGAUGAUGGAUGGAUUUGAGGACGUGAAUAUGCAUUCGAUGACUCCUAUGGGAACACGUGAAGAGGACAUGGGCGGCCGAGGAUCUCCUCGAUCCUCCUUGCCCUCUAGAGCUUCCAGCCCUGUGAAUCUGCCAAGGCGUCAUUCGUCCAUGCU